GCCCAUGGAGAAGCAUGAAGACAGAGACGGGUCAUGUGCUUGAAGCACUGCCUGCAAUUUACUCGUUUAGAAUUUAUUUUGAUGCACUGAAUGUGUUCUACGAUAUUGAUUGCAUCAACGAUAUGUACAUGUUGUUGACUGGACUAUAGACUGUCAUUCUUAAUUUCAUCGAUAAUAAGGUCCGUGCUCCCGUGAACAGCUGAUCAUGAGUACGACUUUAGUGAACAUACUGGUCCGGCGUCGACCCGGGAAGUCGCUGACAAGGUUGUGUGUGCCGUGUUUUCGGAAGCUCGUCAGCUAUAAACAUACUACUCCCUGCUAUGUGACGACACCCAUCUUUUAUGUAAAUGCAGGCCCCCACAUCGGCCACCUGUAUACAGUUCUUCUGGCAGAUGCUCAUGCUAGAUGGAACAGACUGAGUGGUCGAAAUGUCCUACUCUCCACGGGGACAGAUGAACAUGGCCUCAAGAUUCAGCAAGCAGCAUCCCGAAGUGAGCGCUCACCACCAGACUACUGUGAUGAAGUGUCCCAGCAGUUUAAGGUUUUGUUUCAAUCAGCCAACAUCCAAUACGACGACUUCAUCAGAACUACCCAAGAUAGACACCGGAGGGCAGUGCAGAGGUUCUGGGAACAACUUGAAUCGAACGGCCACAUCUACCGCGGCAGUUACGAAGGGUGGUACUCUGUGUCUGAUGAAGCAUUCCUCACAUCAGAUGAAGUGAAGGAUGUAACGACACCUGACGGAAGCACUGCCAAGGUGAGUGUGGAGAGCGAGCAGCCCGUCACCUGGAUGAAGGAGGACAACUACAUGUUCCGCCUCUCCACCUUCUCCCCCAGACUGGAGCAGUGGCUCGACACUGGAGCUGUGAAACCAUCCAAGUUUGAGACUGUGAUUAGACAGUACCUGCAGGACCUCCCGGACCUGUCAGUAUCCAGGCAACGGGAGAGGUUGCCCUGGGGGGUGCCAGUUCCAGGAGAUGAGGCUCAAACAAUCUAUGUCUGGUUGGACGCCCUCAUCAACUAUCUGACCGUGGCUGGUUACCCUGACAACCUAACAACAUGGCCACCUACGUCUCAGAUCAUUGGCAAGGAUAUUUUAAAGUUCCAUGCAGUGUACUGGCCUGCGUUCCUGAUGGCCGCUGACCUGUCCCCUCCGACACGCCUGCUGUGUCACUCCCAUUGGUUGGUAGAUGGUAGAAAGAUGUCCAAGAGCCUGGGGAAUGUGGUGGACCCCAGUGACCGCAUGGAGCGAUACAGUGUGGAUGGCCUGAGAUACUUCCUGUUGAAGGAGGGGACUCCACACUCAGAUGGAAAUUACACUGACCGGAAAGUGACGGAAACAAUCAACAGCGGCCUUGUCAACACCCUGGGCAACCUACUCCACCGGUGUACGUCGACCAGCAUCAACCACGCCCAGGUGUUCCCUCCCCUAGAUCCCCAGGCCAUGGACACCCACUUCUCUGCAGAGGAAAUACACAUGUACAGCACACUGAAGACCCUGCCUGAUUCGGUGGACGAACACUACCAGACUCUGACAAUAUACAAAGCUCUUGACCAGCUGAUAUCUGUGCUCCAUCAGGCCAAUGCAAUGUUUGACCACCACAAGCCAUGGCAACUGGCCAAACAGAUGGACCAAUCAGAACAUCUGAACACUGUUUUACAUGUUGCUAUGGAAACACUGAGGACUUGUGGGAUACUUAUGCAACCUGUGAUACCAAAUAUGGCCGACCAGCUUUUGACUAAACUUGGCAUAGGUGCUGAUAGAAGGACAAUUGAUUGUAUUUAUGAGGACUUUGUGAAAGACAAAGCAGUGAAACUUGGAACAGAUACGUCUGUGUUGCUGAAAAGAGUAAAGUAAUUUAGGAAUUAGUGUUUUUGUAUCAGGGCCCACUUGCACAAAGCAAACUUAGCACCACGAUUAUCAUAAGGGACCAACUAUUUGAUAUUCUGAGUGGGUGUGGGGGAACUAGGAUUUUGUAUUGAGACCACAUAUUUUCUCAGCUACAGCUUCAGAUAUUUUUUUUAAUUUGCUGAAAAAAACAUUGCAACAAUGUAAUUUUUGUGGCUGACAAUUUCUAUUCUGUUUUUUUUUCAAACAAUUUGAAUAAUAAUUAAAAAAAUUCAAAGUGUGACAAUAUAUUUUUGUCCAUAAAAUCCCAGCCCCACUUCCCAGAAUUAUCAAAUGGUCAGCCCCUAAGCCAAUGUAAAAUUAUUGUGUUUAGAUCAUUGUAGCUCCAUGAUCGCUUUGUGCAGGCGGACCUAGGACUGGUUUUAUACAGACUGUGAAGUGUCAUUUGAAAUAAAAUGUUUGUAUACUGUC